CGGAUCAGUGUCAAGAAAGACAACUUGGAUCGGUGUGGUAUCUUUAAAUCUUGUACCGCACAGGUCAGCAUUGAUCCAUCUCAAGUAAGGUCCCUUGUAGACUACUGUUCCCUCUGUAUCAUACUCUCCAAUUCAUUCAUCAACACAAUGUCAGCUGCCGACGAGACGACUCCGUUACGAUCAAUUGAGGAAUCGACAGAGGUUCCAAGAUCGCUGGAACAAACGAUUUGCGAUGGGAUUGUCGACUUUUUGCGCACCAAUUCGUUUGUCAUCAAGGCAGGCUUGGCCAUUUGUUUGGCCAAACUGUAUCCACCAUUGGGUGCCAUCUAUCUGUGUCCUCAGAUUACGGCCACUUGGUUGGCUGUCAUUUUCAUCUUUUGCAUGGCGGGAUUGUCCCUGCAAUCCAAAGAAUUCGCUCGAGCAGCGACACGGCUAUGGUUCAACGUGUACGUGUUGACCUUCAACUUUUGUAUUGUGUCCUUGCUCGUCUUUGGCAUGACACGAGGGAUUCGUUAUUUGGAUCUCUUGUCCAAUCAAGGUUUGCUGGAUGGCAUGAUGGUCUGUGCCUGCAUGCCCAUUACCGUCACCAUGGUCAUUGUUCUCACCAAAUCGGCCAAGGGAGAUGAAGCAGCGGCAGUACUACUGGCAGCUGUGGGGAGUCUGUUGGGUGUCAUUGUCACACCCGCAUUGCUACUGGCAUAUAUUGGCGUCCAAUCUGAUGUCUCGUUUCCAGAAGUCUUUUUGAAAUUGGUAUUACGGGUGGUGGUACCGUUGCUGGUGGGACAAUUACUACAAACCUACUCGAGUACCGUACUGGAGUUUGUGACGCGGAACAAACCACAUUUCAAAGGAUUCCAAGAAUGGGCCCUCAUCUUUAUUGUCUACACGGUCUUUUGCAAGACAUUUUCCAAACCCAUCAAGGCGAGUAUUUGGGAUGUCCUCCUCAUGGCACUCUUUCAAGGCACGGCACUGGUAGUCAGCAUGCUCUUGGCGUGGUUUAGUUUGAAACUACUCUUUCGCAACGAACCACGAUUGCGGGUCAUGGGAUUGUACGGAUGCACGCAAAAAAGUGUGGCUGUGGGCAUUCCCAUGAUUUCCGCAUUGUACGAACACGACCCUCAUGCCGGCUUGUACACACUACCUCUGCUAAUUUGGCAUCCACUCCAAUUAUUGAUUGGGUCGGCACUGGCACCGGAAUUGGCCACUGGAGUGGAACGACUGGAAGGAUAUCUGGCAACAUCGAGUGAUGGUACUCGAUCGUCGCGACGAAGAUCGUUUUUCACAGACGCUAGUGUCCGCGAUUCUUUCCGCCAAGCCUCUUCGGUGGCAUUUACGACACCGUCGCAGCUGUCGUGGCCCUUGACGACGAGCGAACAAUCGGCCGGUGGGGAUGCCUUGUCGUCCGAUGCACCGAUUACACCCGUGUUGGAAUAAAUACCGUGCACGUUCGUCACUUUUUAUAAAAUGAAACAGCCGACGACUCCUCUCCAAACGAAACCUGCCAUUUUCCAAAAACUGGCACCGAUACAAUUCGCAUUCGUUUCUAACUAAUAGCAAUCAAUCUACUGUAC